AUGGUCGGCCACAUCCUCUUGACCAUCUCGGCUAUCCCAGGCAUCCUCCCUUCGAGCAAAGGUGACGACACAAGUGGCGCUAUGGCCUGUUUCGUCAUUGCGAUCAUCAUUAUGGGCAUUGGUACCGGCUUUUUCAAGAGCAACUGUUCUAUUCUCAUUGCAGAGCAGACCAAAAUUAAAGAGCAGACGGUUGUCAAGCUCAAGUCGGGCGAAAAGGUGAUCAUUGAUCCCGCACUCACCACGGCGCGUCUCUACCUGUGGUUCUACUUGAUGAUCAACAUCGGCUCGUUCUGUGGCCAGCUGGGGAUGGUAUACUGCGAAAAGUUUGUGGGCUUCUGGCUUGCGUAUAUGCUACCCACUAUUGUAUUCAUCCUGCCGAUCCCUGUGCUCUGGUUCGGCCGCAACUACUAUGUCAAGGUCCCUCCGGACGGGUCCGUCCUUAGCCGCGCUUUGAAGGCAUGGGGCAUGGCACUGCGCAGCAACUGGAGUUGGAACUUGCGCACGCUGAUCAAGCGGUGCAAGUCGGACACCUUCUGGGACAGUGCGAAGCCCUCCAACAUACCCGAAUCGGAGCGCAAGCCGUGGAUGACCUACAGCGAUCUGUGGAUCGACGAGCUGAGCCGUGGUAUCAAGGCUUGUGCGGUAUUGGUCCUCUUCCCCCUUUACUGGCUGUGUUAUAACCAGAUCAUCAACAACCUGAUUAUCCAGGCUGGUCAAAUGGACACGGGAUCUGCCCCCACAGAGAUUGUGGCGCUUCUCGACCCCAUCUUUGUCAUUGUAUUUGUAUUCGUCUUCAACCUGGGUCUGUACCCCUUCUUGGACUACCUCCGAAUUCCCUUGACCCCCAUCAAACGCAUUACCAUUGGAUUUCUCUUUGCGUCGGGCGCCAUGGUGUGGGCCGCCGUGCUGCAAGCCUAUAUCUACAAAAAGAACCCUUGCGGCGAACACGUGCGCGACGAUGUCAUGGUCGGCGAUCUUCACUGCGAGGCGGUAUACUCGCCCUUGACGGUGUGGAUCCAGUCUGGCUCGUAUAUUCUGAUGGCUAUCAGUGAGCUCUUUGCGUCUGUCACAUCUAUGGAGAUUGCGAUGCUCAUGGCGCCAAAGAACAUGCGUUCGAUCGUGAUGGCCAUUAGCUUGUUCACGACGGCCAUUGCCGCUGCGAUUGGCGAGGCCUUUACUGCGCUCUCGACCAACCCUCGGUUCGUGAUCAACUACGGUGUCUUUGCCGGUCUUGCCUUUGUGGGUGCCAUCAUUUUCUGGAUUGUGUUCCACAACCUGGACAAGGAGCAAGAAGACAUGAACUUGAUCGGCCAGGAAGGCUAUAUGCAAGAAACUGGAACUAAUCCUAACCAAGGCCUCGAGUCUCACCCCACCCCACCCGACGAAAAAGCUCAAACACGCACCACUGAUGAUCAUGCAUCCCCCCCCCCCUAG